AAAAAAGUUUGCUGAAGUCGAGGCUGAGAAUGUGAAGCUAAGACAAGAUAAGGAAGAGAUUGAAGCCAGAUUCAUAAAACUGAAGCAGAGUAAUAAAGAAAAGACUGAUCUUAUUGUUAAACUAGAUAACAAUAUCAAAGGAAUCAAACAGGAUCAAAUUGUUGUAAUUUCACUGGAAGCAGAAUCAAAGAACAAGGUAGUAAAUUCUGAUUCAUCUUCUGAAUCACAAAUAACUUCUCCAUCUACCGAAGUUCACUCUGAUAAAGAAACUUCAAUUCACUGUGAAACAAAUAAUUUUAUAACUAGCAUUACUCCUAUAACUCCCAAAAGGAUAGUCUCACAAAGAGCAUUUUCAGGAAAACAAAACACUUCUUCAGAAGAAUUGAUGUCAUCUCCAUUAUCUU